GCGUGGGCAGGGUGCUGGCGGGGGGAAGCGGAUUGUAGCGAGCGGGCGGUCGCGGGGAGGGAGGCUCUGCCGGCGGCACCCGGAGCAGCCCAGCACCAUGGGGAUGUUCGGCACGAGCCGCCUCUUGCUCGGAGCUGUGAGCUGCACAUUCUUCCUGGCAGCUAACAGCCUAUAUUCAUCCAAUGAUGAUGUGAUAGAGCUAACACCAACAAACUUCAACAAGGAAGUCAUUCAGAGUGACAGUUUAUGGCUGGUAGAAUUCUACGCACCAUGGUGUGGUCACUGUCAAAGACUAACUCCUGAAUGGAAGAAAGCAGCGACAGCAUUAAAAGGUGUUGUGAAAGUCGGUGCAGUUGAUGCAGAUAAGCAUCAGUCCCUAGGUGGUCAGUAUGGUGUUCGAGGAUUUCCAACUAUCAAGAUAUUUGGAUCCAACAAGAACAAAGCAGAAGAUUACCAGGGUGGCAGAACAAGUGACGCGAUUGUUGAUGCUGCUUUAAGUGCUCUUCGAUCACUGGUAAAGGAUCGUCUUAGUGGCAGAAGUGGAGGAUAUAGUUCUGGAAAGCAGAGUAGCCGAGAAAGUGGAGGCGGGGAUAAGAAGGAUGUGAUUGAACUGACUGACGACAGCUUUGAUAAGAAUGUUGUGAAUAGUGAUGACGUUUGGCUGGUAGAGUUUUAUGCCCCAUGGUGUGGACACUGCAAAAAUCUGGAGCCAGAAUGGGCAGCUGCUGCCACAGAAGUGAACGAACAAACCAAGGGAAAAGUAAAACUGGCGGCUGUAGAUGCUACAGUGAAUCAGAUGUUAGCCAGCCGGUAUGGGAUCCGUGGAUUUCCCACAAUCAAGAUCUUUCAGAAAGGGGAAGACCCUGUUGAUUAUGAUGGUGGAAGAACAAGAUCGGAUAUAGUUGCUCGCGCUCUGGAUCUUUUUUCUGAAAGUGCCCCACCACCUGAGCUUCUAGAGAUUAUUGAUGAAAAUGUUGUGAAGAGUACCUGUGAUGCCCACCAGCUCUGUGUCAUUGCUGUGUUGCCCCAUAUUCUUGAUACAGGAGCUGCAGGUAGAAAUUCCUACUUGGAAGUCAUGUUAAAAAUGGCAGACAAAUACAAAAAGAAAAUGUGGGGGUGGCUGUGGACGGAGGCUGGAGCUCAGUCUGAGCUUGAAAACUCACUGGGAAUUGGAGGAUUUGGGUACCCAGCGAUGGCAGCAGUUAAUGCACGGAAGAUGAAAUUUGCCCUCCUGAAAGGAUCUUUCAGUGAACAGGGGAUUAAUGAGUUUCUCAGGGAGCUCUCCUUUGGUCGUGGAUCUACUGCACCAGUAGGUGGUGGGGGUUUCCCUAAAAUUAACACAGUCGAGCCGUGGGAUGGCAAAGAUGGUGAGCUUCCAGUUGAAGAUGACAUUGAUCUCAGUGAUGUGGAUCUUGAAGACUGGGAUAAAGACGAAUUGUGAGAUCUUCAGGAAGUUUCUUUUCUUGGGAGGGUUUGGAACAUUGUUCACAAUCAAAUGGAUAUUCCAGUGGCCUUUUUACAGAGAAGUAGCACUGGGCCAGCUCUCUGCAGCACUGCGACAGUGAACUGUAUGCCUCUCAAGAAAACAUUGCAAAAAUUCUAUGAAUUGUUGUAACCAGUAAAUUUGAUUGUAUUCUGUGUAACAAAUAUUUUGAGGACAACAUUGAUCUUUGAUUACAACACCUUGGUUUUUAUUUUGUCCAUAGAGUGUGUGCUCUUUGAAUGUUUCUGGGGGAUGUUACUGUAUCCAGUUUUAAAUGUAAUUUUUUUUUUCAUUCAGAUGAAACCUGACCAGCUUCUGUUCCAAUUAAAGAAUAAAACAAGAUAUUUUUGACAUAGAGUAUUAGUCUUGUACAGCGCAACAAACUUGCACACAAAGCUGUCCAGGUUCGGAUGACUGUUGCAAAGUGAACAGUGUAUAUCAUAAGGAAUGGUGCUGUAAGGCUCUUAAACUACCCUGCCACUAUAAAACUUAUUGACAGUCUUUGCCUGAAGAUUAGAUCAGACAAUCUUGGUUUAAAAUGGUCUUUCUAGUUUUUCCUCCUAUUUUCAGGGAUUUUCAGUUUCUUGGAAACAACAUAUCACCUCAAAUGGUGAUCUUGUCAUCUGAUAGCUGGGUGGCUGCUUGAAUGGGAGAUCUCUAGGGAAAAUGCAGGCUGGUGAAAAGUGCUGCUGAUUUCAGAAAGUGGUAGUUUUCCUCUGAGUUGGUGGUGAGCCAGUGACACCCCCCAGAGUGUGAAGGGUCAAUGUGCUGCUAUAGCAACUUUCUCUCUCUGGAAAGAAGCCUAAAACUGAUACUGACUGGUCUCUUCAAUGGAAUCCAGGUGUUAUCUCCAGCAUCCUGGCCAAAUUCCAACUUGGGUGAUUAUGUUCUGCUGCCUUAAAUUUCCUCUGCAUUUUCCACUGGAUCUGGUAUUCUUUGCUUCCCAUCUUACACUGUUAAAAUACUUAGUGUUUCACCCCAAGGGGGUUACACUUUGAUGUUUGGUACAAUUAUUGCUGUUUGUAAAAUCAAUAUUAUAAAAACUUAAGGCCAAAGGUAUUAAAUUAUUCUAUGGCUGGC